UUAAAUAGGCCAAUACGUGUACUAUUUUAUAAUGAAAAUGUAAUUUUAUGACAUACUACCUAACAUAUCUUUAUCUAUUUUUCUUUUUCUUUUGGUCUCCUUCUGAAUUGACUGAAUUUGACCCUAAAGCGUGCGUUCUUAGUUUACAAUAGUUUGGUGGGAAGAGUAGAAGUGUUUAAUUUUCGGUUUUCUAAUUUAUGUAUUGUAAUAUUAUGUCUUUCAUAUACAUACUGUUAUUAAUAUGCACAACAAAGUCAUAUUUUGCAAAUAUGUUUAUUUUGUAAUUAUGUGUAGCCAAUAUGAAGAAAUAUUAUUGGAAAGAAAAAGGAUUAAUGAAUUUAUUAUUAAAAUAAUUAUAUUUAAUUGGCAAAAGAGGCCUUGAGAAAUGGAUUUGACAACAUUUUUAUGUUUAUUCUUCACUAUAAUAGUAUUAGUGCAUGGAAAUGAUAAUAGAAAUACAAAUGUCAAUUGCCAAUUAGAUACAUCUGAACGUAAACAAAUGAAUGUUGAACCUUUGAAUGAAACAUGUUUACAUGAUAUUGUUGUACAAUUGUCUAAUGUAUUCCUUUCUAUUGCCAAUGAGGAACUUGGUAUACCAACUUUUUUAGAAGUACUUGACAAUUUGGAAUUUUCAAAUAUCACCAAUAAUUUAGAAAAUACAUUGAAUAUGUUAGUACAAAAAUUAAACAACAAAUUAUUAUCUCAUGUUGAUCUUUUACAAAAAAGUAAUCGAAUUAUAGAGCUUAUUUUAUUAAAAAAACGAAUGUAUUCUAUUUAUUCCAAUAAAAGAAACAAUAUAAAAAGUACUCAGAAUGAAGCAUUGGAUAUAUGUUCUGAAAUUACAACAGAAUUAACUGCAAAAUUAAAAGAUCAAGGAUGGAAAAAUUUACAUGUCUUACCAUUAUAUCCACCAGGAAGAAUAUGUGGUCCACCUAGUUUAGUACAUAAUAUUGGACCAUUAUUGUUAUCUCAACAUUGCUCAGCAAAAAAUAUCAUUUUAUUAUUAGAACAUGGUACCUUUAUAUCUGAAGAAGAGCUUAUCUUGAUUCAAAUUACUGCUAAAACUGUAAUUGAUAUGCUAUCUGAGAAAGAUUAUGUUACCGCCAUUGGUCUUGCCGGAAAUGGUUUUGUAUAUUGUAAAGAUGGUCUUGUAAAGGCAACUGAUAUUAAUAAAUAUCAACUGGGACGUCAUAUAGAUAGUCUUACUAAAAAAGGUACAAAUCAGACUAUAAAUAUAGAUUUGAAAGUUUUAACACAAAAUCUACAAGGAGAAGUAAUUCUUUUGCAUUUGACUAAUACUUUACAAGAUCCAUCAAAUGCAUAUGAGAUUUUUAAUAAAAUAUCAGCAAUGCAAUUAAAUGCAUAUUGGAGAACUAUACUUAUUCUUUCAGAUCAUGGAAAAUAUAUCAGUAUUAAAGAUACAUUGAAAAAUGAUAGUAUUAUAACUCUUCCAACUCAAAAUGUGCUUGGAUUUGAAAUAUCAAGAUUAUUUUCUGGUAUAAAAUGUUCUCAUAAUGAGAUAAAGGAAUAUUACCUCUCAGAUCCAUACUUUGAACCAUAUAGUAAAAUGAUGUCUACGUCUAUUGGAUUAAUCACAAAUGUUACACUGUUGUAUCUAGAUGUGACAUUAAAAGAUUUUCUAGAUGAUUUAACAUAUCUUAACAUUGGUUCAGAAACUUAUGGUAUAUUGUUUGAUAGCAAAGAAGUAGUUUGGAUCCAUAAAGAUUUCCCACGAAUGGAAAUGAUAACAGAGCAACCAAUAAAAGUAUAUUUACAAGAUAUUGAAAAUAUAAGCAGUGAAGUUGCAGCAAUAAUGAUUGAAAAAAAUGAAGGUCUUAUUGACGUUCAAAUAAAUGAAAGUAAAAAGAAAAUAUAUAUGUGGAAACAUUUAACUUAUAAAGAUUUAAUACUAUGCUUAGUAUCAGUGAAUGAAGAAGUAACAAUGUCUAUUAUAAAAAAUAUACCAACAUUACCUAAAAAUUUGUUAUAUCAUUCCCUUGAUCUUAUAUCACAUGGUACUAUCAACAAAGAUGUAUUAUGUGUCCAUCAAAAUAACAUCAUAGCAUUAUCUAGUGGAGUAGUAUAUCUUUCACCAUGGUGUUUCCAGUCUCCUAUGGAACAACUUAAAUUACUAGAGACAAAUUCAGGUGUAAUUGUACAAAGUUAUAUGGCAUACAUAAAAGAUUUGACUGGAUUGUUGGCUAAUCCAGGUUUACAUCAUUCUGUGAGGCCAGAUGUGGUUACACUAAGCAAAGCUUUAGAACAUUUUAAAGAAAGACAUAUAGAAAGUUCAAUUAAUGAAUUUGUUAUUAGAAGAUAUAUUAUUGGUACUACUAGUGGUGCUUUAGAAGUAUUUCCAGGAAUAAUUAUAGAUUCUGGUUUAGAUCCAAAGCGUAGAAUUUGGUAUGGAAAAGCUUUAAAAUAUCCAGGAAAGAUUGUUUUUACUGGACCAUAUUUAGAUGCUGGCGGUUCAGGCUAUGUUGUAACUUUGAGUCAUUCAAUUCAACAUUCAAAGUAUGGACAAAAUAAUGAUAAUGCAGUUAUGGCGGUAAUGUCUAUGGAUGUUACAAUGGGAUAUAUUUCUAGACUUCUUAUAGAAAUGUUUCCAUUUUGUAAGGAUUCAACAAUAAAGUGUUUUUUAAUGGAUGAUAUGGGUUACUUAGUAUCUCAUCCAUCAUUAUUACAACCAAUGAGUAAAGUUGAACAACAACAUUUAACACAUAAGGAGCAAUUAAUUGCUAAUGAUAUAUUAAAUCAAGAAUAUUUUGUAAAAAAGAAGACAUGUGCUAGUUAUUUGGAUGGUACUGUACAAAGAUAUUAUCAUUUUAACACAUCCUUACAAGAAGUCUUAACAAAUACAGUGCAUGGAGAACAUUGUAUAAAAUAUCAAAUAGCUGCAAUACCCAAUACCAAUAUAUUUCUUGGUGUUGUUAAUGUUACAUGCAAUUCUUUAAGAGCUUUUUGUCCAUGUAGCACAACAGAUCGUUUAUGUUUAAACUGUAGGAGAAUGGAACAAACUGAAUGUGAAUGUCCAUGCGAAUGUUCAUUGUAUUCUUCAAGUUGUGUACAGCAUAAAAUUAAUUUAGAGGCAUGUCCACCUCCAUCUGAACAAACUAUACAUUUAUCACAUUCUUGGUCACAUCAUUUAAAUAUAAAGUCCUGUCCUUCUUUUGAUUGUAAAAUAUAUAAAACAGAAGGGGAAUGCCUGGGUAUUGUAGGCUGUCAAUGGUGUUAUAUGGACAUUGAUGGAGUAACUUCUUUGCAAAUUCCAUUUUGUUCUGAUGUAUUUGCAUGUUUUAAAGGCAUUUUUGGAGCUCCAGUGCCUUACAAUGAUGAAACUCAUGAUUCUCAAUCAAUAGAAGAAAUUGUAGUUCGCGAAUUUUCGUCAGUAGGACCAGUUGCAGGUGGCAUACUUGUUUUUAUUUUAAUUUUGGGUGUUACAUUGUGUUGUUACAGAUUGCACUCUAUGCAAUCGGAUUUGGAACAUCAAUGUUUGCAUGUGCAAAUUUCACCUGACGUAUUACAUAUGACACAUUUAGAAGGUGAUGUAGAACCUUUAGAACCUGAUCAAACAAAGCACAAUUUAGAUUCUUUUAUAAGAGAUGCCAUUGCACCUAUAUCACCUUAUAGGGUUUCAACUAAUUACAAAAGACCUGGGGGGGAUAGUGAUCAUGGUUACAGUACUAUGACACCUCAUGAUGAUUCAGAACAACAGAUAUUUACAGAACCAAUGUUAAUUGUUGGUUCUAAUGUCGAAUUAAAUAAUACGAAACGAUCUAAUAGUUUACCAGCACCUACAACAAAUUUAGGAUCUACACAUUAUAUUUUAGCACCUGUUACUGUUCAUAGCAACAUGGAAACAAAUUGUUGCUAAAUGAACUCAUUAUCAUUAUCACUCUAUUAACAUAUUUUCAUCAUCAUUGCCAUUAACGUAUAAAUAUUAAGUAUUAAGUAUAAGAAAGACUAAAUAAUCUAAAAUUUUAUAUAAUAGAUAAUAGGAGUUUUAUAUGAAUAAUAAAAAUAAUUUUGCAAUAUACUACAAUUAUUUGCCCAUAAGUUUCAAUGAAUACUUAAGAAUUU